UGGUCCGCAGCCACGAUGGAUGCAAUACCAUGCUUUCUGCUCGUCCUCCUGUUCGGGACAAGGAUACAAGAAAAUACCGCCCUCCAGUGUUACUGUGACCGCUGCAGCGUCAAUUCCAGCUGCACGACAGAUGGCGUCUGCUUCGUCGCCAUCCGCAAGUCGGGCAGCCGACUGACCACCGAGCAGCGCCAGUGUGUACACGAAAACGAACUGAUCCCGCGAGACCGGCCCUUCAUCUGCGCCCCGUCCGUCAAACAUGACACGGGUAUUUACCCAAUGUGCUGUACCACGAACUACUGCAACAAAGAGCCCAACCUCGAAAUCUUCCCUGUCCCCACAGUAAAGCCUCCUCCUCUGGGCCCCGUGGCCCUCGCAGCAGUGAUCGCCGGCCCAGUUUGCGUGCUCUGUCUGCUGCUUGUUGUGGCAUUUUACGUCUGCCACAGCCACAGAGGUCUUGGGGCCGGAGGUGCUGGAGCCCACCAUCACCACCACCACCGGGUGCCCAACGAAGAGGACCCCUCUAUGGACCAUCCCUUCAUCACUGUCGGAACAACACUGAAGGACCUCAUCUACGACAUGACCACCUCAGGCUCCGGAUCAGGCCUUCCGCUACUGGUCCAGAGGACCAUCGCCAGGACCAUCAUCCUCCAGGAGAGCAUCGGUAAAGGGCGUUUCGGAGAGGUUUGGCGGGGCAAGUGGCGUGGCGAGGAGGUUGCCGUGAAGAUCUUUUCCUCCCGCGAGGAGCGCUCUUGGUUCCGCGAGGCCGAGAUCUACCAAACCGUGAUGCUAAGACACGAGAACAUUCUGGGCUUCAUUGCUGCUGACAACAAAGAUAACGGGACGUGGACUCAGCUGUGGCUGGUGUCAGAUUACCACGAGCACGGCUCCCUGUUUGACUACCUGAACCGCUACACCGUCACCGUGGAGGGCAUGAUUAAGCUGUCCCUGUCCACAGCCAGCGGCCUCGCUCACCUCCACAUGGAGAUAGUGGGCACGCAAGGUAAGCCAGCAAUUGCCCACAGAGACCUGAAGUCAAAGAACAUUCUAGUAAAGAAGAACGGGACCUGCUGCAUCGCUGACCUGGGUCUAGCCGUGCGCCACGACUCAGCCACCGACACCAUCGACAUCGCUCCAAACCACAGAGUGGGAACCAAAAGGUAUAUGGCUCCAGAGGUCCUGGACGACUCCAUAAACAUGAAACAUUUUGAGUCUUUCAAGCGAGCUGACAUUUAUGCCAUGGGCCUGGUCUUCUGGGAGAUCGCCAGCCGCUGCUCUAUGGGAGGCAUCCAUGAGGAUUACCAGCUGCCCUACUAUGACCUGGUUCAGUCAGAUCCAUCUGUGGAGGAGAUGAGGAAGGUGGUUUGUGAGCAGAAGCUUCGGCCCAACAUUCCCAACCGCUGGCAGAGCUGCGAGGCCUUGCGGGUGAUGGCAAAGAUAAUGAGGGAGUGUUGGUAUGCCAACGGUGCUGCCCGACUCACCGCGCUCCGAAUCAAGAAAACCCUGUCUCAACUCAGCCAACAGGAGGGAAUCAAGAUGUAGACAAACUACCAAACACACACACAUAUACACACACACACACACACACACUCUCUCUCUCUCUCUCUCUCUCUCUCUCUCUCUCUCUCUCUCUCUCUCUCUCUCUCUCUUUCUCACACACACCUGACUGGCAUCCAUAUCGUUAGCAUUACAGCAUUAUUAUCUUCAUCAUUAUUCAUCAGUUGUUCCUCCCCUUUGGUUUGGAGGGAAAUGAAGAAUAUUUUUCCCCUUGAGCUCUUUUUUCCCUAUCCCAUUUCAUUCAUUGACAAACUGAUGAAUCCUGCACCUGAAACUCAGGAACCAUCUAUGUAUGUAUGUAUGUUGCACUGGGCUUGACAUACACACAUGAAUGGCUGGAUUGAUGGAGAAAUGGAUGGACGGAUCUGAUGAGGGGUGGUUGUUUCCGAAGGGGGAUAAAGAGAGACAUAUAAAAGGACCCCGCUCAUUAUCCUCCAUGUCAAUUCACUAUGUUCAUCACAUGAAGUCUCUCAAAGACCCAUAGAGGCAACUGGUGUCCAUUUUCAACUCCCGCCUCCACCGCUCAUCACACACCCAACCAAUAAGAGCUCAGACCUCAUCGGGUAAAAUAAAGGCCAGACAGGUAGCUGGGAAUCACCUGGGAGGCCUCUGAGAUGCCGGAGCUUCGCUCUCAUCUCCUCACAUCUUCCUUAUCACCUGCUCAUUUGUAUAUUAGCAUUUCAUUCUUUACUACAGAGGGUUAAGCUGCUCCUCAGUGGGGCUGCAAGUCGCUCAGUUACAUGUUUUGAAUAAUCAGUUAAUCGUGACUUAUUCAAAAUUCAAAUAGCCCAUCAAAUCUGCCCAGUCGUUAUUAAUGAGUAGCAGUUUAAUAUCAACUGCUGUGGAAUUUCUUAAAUAUUAGAGAAUGGAUAAUUGUCCACUUUGUCUGUAAAUUUUAACCCAAAGAAAUGACAAAGAGGAGUUUUUCUUUGGAAAAAUAUUUUCCAUUUUGAUGAGGUCCACUGCACAUUUUUUUUGUGCUUUAAGCUUUUGAAAUAUACAGAUGUUUUCUUUCCAUUCAUCUUAAGCAGUUAUGUUUGUACUGGCCGUCAUUGCGCUGCUAGAAAAGGGGGCAGCAGAACGAGCAGCUACUUGACACGCAUUCCUCUUAAUUGCUGAGCUAACAGUGACUCAGCCGGUGAUUAAUAUUAUUUCAGACGCUAAAGAUUAUUCAACCAAGAAAACCGUUUCUGACGUGAAGUGGCUCGCAGCCCCACUCUUGAGUCAUUUUAUAGUAGCACUGGGGACGGAAAGCGAGGACCUGGGGGGGUCAUGGGACAGUCUGUAAGCCGCCCUGUAGGGUUCACACAAGCGUUGGCUUCAUCUAGUUGAGUUGUGAGCAGAAUCUCUCAUCUCUGCAACAAUUUUGCACCUGUUUUUCAUUUUUUUUACUGUUGUAUUUCCCCGUCUCCUGUCAUAUUGUCAGGGAGUCGGACAGGUCAGUUUAAUUUAUUGUGUUUUUUUUUUUUUUUUUUUUUUUUUCUUUUUGGUGGCAGGGGAUCUUUUUUGCAAAACUAAACUGGACAUGAUGACCUCAUUCAUUUUUGGCGAACAUGCUGCAACAUAUGCAAUAUACAGUAGAUAAAUGUGUCUAUUUUCUAUACUCUGCUCUGCUAAAACCACAAACAGCAAGAACAACAACAACUACAACAACAACAACAACAACAACAACAACAACAAUCAGCUGCCACCAUGCCUUCCAAGCCAGCUGUUACCGGAAAGUGCCAGUGCUUUAAAAACCCAACUCCUCUCAUGUCGGCUGCUGUGGAGUGUGUUUGUUCUCGUGUGCAUGCAGCUCCGUGCGUGUGUGUGUCAGAGGAGGCCCGCGGGAGCCCUGCCGAGCAUACAGCAAGCUCGUACUAUGCACACCCAAGACGUAGGGAUGGAAAGCAAGGAGGGACACACACUGCACAUCACAGCACCCACAACCCAGCCGACUCCCUGGUGCCAUUUCGUCAAGAGCCACCCUCCCCCCCGACACCCGAACACCCGACCACCUCAGCAACAACUCAUUGUACAGCUUCUCCUCAGCGGACUGAGUCUGGAAACCGAGCUCCAGCACCUCAAACUGUGUUUAGUUUGAAAAACUUCGCCACAAAAGCUUACGGCGGCUUUCAAAAAAGAGACCCAAAGACUUGUAAGCAUUACUGAUGUUGCCCUAUAAAUGUAAACUCUUGGAUUUCUGAUUUUUUUUUGGUCUCUCAUGUGUUUGCGCCGUUGACAGCGCGGGAGCGCGAAUCAACCUUUUCAAGUGUUUUCUUCUCUGUAGGAUAAUCAACAAAAAAAAAAAAAACAGUGAGGUACAUUCAUUUAAAUAUAGCAAAUGGAUAUUUACUAAGCCAUAGGUUUUCCAGGUUGUUUAUCAUCUUUUCUUUUUUUUUUUGUGGCAAGGUCUUUUUCUACUAGAAUGUACAUUUACGAAAAACAAAAGAUGAAAAAAAAAAAAAAUAUGCGUAAAGCGGACAAUUUUGUCAUUUCAGCUUAGCAAGCCUUAAGGGACCAACGCAUAAGAGUCAGGAUCUGCUCUUAUUUUUUUUUUUCCUUGUUUUUUUUUUUUCUUUUUAAAGAUAAAUACACAAAUAUAUAUAUAUAUUUAAAUAUAUAUAUAUAUAAUUGAUUACUAUGAUAAACGUAGUGUCAUGAUUCUAUCUAAAAGACAAAAAAAUAUAUAUGUAGCACCUGAUUUAACAGUUUGUUUCAGUCAAGUGUUUGUCCUGUUGCCAAAAUUGCCAUACAUCUAAACCCAUUCUAUCUUAUGUUACAGAUCUGCUUGUGUCUAAGUUCCAUCAAAAGCACUUGUCUCUUAGUUCACAGGUCAAAAUUAUACACAUAAUUAGAUACAGUUUAAAUACACAAAGUAUAAAACGGUCAAUAAUUAACACAUCCAGUAAAUUAGAUCUGCCAGACAGUGUUGUACUCAAAGAAAUCCCACAGUCUCUUGAUUGUUCAGCAAUAAGUGCACUUCUGAACCACUGCAGGGUUUACCUGUGUGGCAAUUUGGAUGUCAGCGAGCCCGUCUGUCUCCAUUGUUUUCUUUACAUAGUGAAUACGUAAUGUAUUGAUGUGCUGCUACUUAGUUGUCCACCUCGCCUUCCGAGUCGAGGUGAGAGCUGCCGUUGGAUGUAAGUAUCCUCAGAUUGCCUGAAUCUGAUCAUUCUGUGCCAAUAUUGCUCUGACGCCAAUCCAGCGCAUUGUCAUUUGGUAGGCAGUCCCUCUCGGAAGAUUUGCUGAAGCGUUUUUGAAGAGUUGUUAUCGGCCACCAUUCGUGGAAGUGCAGGAGUCCACCCCUCCACCCACUGCGGCGUCUCAUUUCACUGAUGAGUUCUUCCCCUUUGGGUCAAAGUGCAGAUCAGUGCAAUCAGUUGCUGUAGAACGGAAAGCUGCAGCCUCCAUGGACCAAUGGUUGAAACCCGCUGUGCCAAUUCGGAGUAGCUUGUUCUCUCCACUUGUGUUGCCCACGCUGUUGGAAAUGCAUUUAUAGAGAUAUUUGCCUCUACUACAGGUCCAAGUUUAGAGGAGGGGGUGGGACGGCAAAGACAUCAAAUUCUUUUUAGGUGGUGAUUGGUUCAGUAAAAAGUAAAUUUUCUACAUGAAACCCAUAGUCGAUGGCCUUAUAGCAACUGAUAAUGUAAUUACAGAUGGAGAACGUCACAAUUUGUCGAUAUAAAAAAACUCCACCUCUUAAAAAAUGCAAUAAAACCUGAGAGCACUUAACCCUUGUAUGGUGUUUGGGUCUGUGGGACCCACUAAAGAAAAAUUAAACAAACGGCUAGUAAUUGGAAUGAAGUAAACAUCUGUUGAGUAGGCAGAGAAGGCAGGAACACUGGCUGAAUAACAAAAAUAUGAACACCACACAAGGGUUAAUUGUAGGAUAAUGUAAUGGCAGACAUUGACUAUCAGUCAGAGGAAGCCCCGAAAAUCAGUUCUAGCUGAAGUAGGCUGUUUUUUUGUUUUUUUUUUAAACCCAUUACAGCAACACUUAAAUAAAACAAACCCACUCCAAGUCAAAUUUAAAAGAAAAAAAAAAAUCGAACUUGACUGCUGACUUCAGAAACGGCAAUUGAUAAAACAAUCUCCACUCAACUCCACUUACUUUUUUGUUGGAGAGCUUUCAAAUGCAUCCCACAGUGUCCUUCAUCGGAUAAAGUUCAGUCCUCCAGCUCGUGGAAUGGAUCAUUAUGUCGAUUCAAAAUGUGUGCCAAGUUGUUUUUUUUUUUUUUUUUUGUUUUUUUUAAGACUUUGACCCACAAGGAAAAGCUAAGCUCAGCACAGUAAUGAGCCUGAAGCGACGAUACCUGUCACGUCACAGAUGAAAAGUCUUAAAAGUAUUUUAUCGGCUGUUUCAGGCUGUGUGGUGUAAGGCAGGAAGAGCGACUUGAGUGGAGAUUUAGAUUGAAAUGAACUGCUCAUUAUAAAUGCUGUUUCAUUUCUAAAAGACAAAAAAAGAAAGACUAAAUCUCAAUAUCUAGUUGACUGAAAAUGAACAAAACAUUUCUAAUGUGACAUGUCCAUGUUUGUGAAAAUUAUUUUAUCAGUUGCUACGGGCUUUACUUAGCAAUUAGCUUAUCGCUCUUUGAAAAUAAUUGAGGGAAAAAAAAACUAAUUUUGAAAAAAAGCAGUUAAGGUGUGAUGUUCCCACCUGUGUAUUUCCACUGUUCAGAGCUGUUCUCGUGAAUGAAGUAUUCUUAAAUAUGUAGAAAUGGUCAGCAGUGGGGGAAAGUGACAUUUUAAGCUUUGUAAAUAUCUUGUGGAGUAAACAACAGAAGAAAGCUAUCCUAAUAUUUGAAGAAAGUUAAGUGGAUAUCGCUGCUAUAUUAGAUUUAAAAAAAAAAAAAAAAAGAAAAUGGGGUGACAGACUAUGCUGAAUUAAAUGUGUUAAACUAGUGGGCCAACUGGGCCUUGCCAGGGAAAACCAGGGCCAAGGAUUCAUCUUUCUAAGCCAUGAGGGUUUGGGGGGGCAGGGUGGGGGACUGGUGGUGGUACUGGAAACUCUAAAUUUCAAAUCUCAGAGUAUCCCUUUAAGUAAGCCCUGGCUAGCCCUGCUGGGACCUUUGGGUGGGAUUGAGACUGUACAGUAUGUGUAUUCCAUUAGCAAUGUCAUUCUCUGGGACAUUAGCAACAACAAAAGCUCAACUCAACAGCACCUCUGGUAUGCCUCUACUAGGACAACCUUCAUUCUGUCUUAAAGUCACCAGCAGCCUUGUACUUUUUCUUUUCAAAAACCCAAGAUGACUUAACUGUAAAAAGAUGUUUGCACCCAACUGUUUUUUCUCUUGUGGUCUUUAUACAGCAGUCUUUCUUUCCUUGACUCUAUCUUGCCUUUCUCUCUUGUCAUUCCAUGUCCUCUAAUUGACAUAACAGAUAUCUCCUAGCUACAAGGGCCACGCUUCACUGCAGCCGGUUCACUCGCUUCACAAGCUCCAAAAAAAAUGGCCGAACCACCUCACGUUCCAUCCCUGCCUACUUUUACUUCUUUAUUUCUUUAAACUCAGACCUGAAGGCCGGAGGUAUGCUUGAAACAGACUAGUUUGCAUGAUGCUCUCUCCGAGGCGUUCAUGGCGUCGCCCUGAGCUCUACACGAGACAAGUGACGGACUUAGUCGUGUGAAGAGCGAUGAAAGAGAACUUCAGCCUUCAUCACCUCCACUGAAGCGCGAGUACUUGUCAGCUUGUCGGUUUUGGGAAGUUACAGAAAUCAGACGCAGCCCAGACAAGCUCCAAAAAGCACUUGUUUUGAAUCACACCGAUGCAUAUUGAGAGAAGUCCGUCAGUUUUAGUAUUAGCAUCGUAACUUUGUCAGACGCUGACGCAAUGGACAGUAAAAACGAAAAAAAUAUAUAAUAAUUCUGAAUCGAUGCAGCAGAUCACAUCUUUUUAACUCCACACAAUUUUGUCCUUGUCAAAACCUGGUGCCUACAGUGUCCACAGUGCAACUCGACCAACAGCUGUUUGAUCAGAGGUUCGGGUGUGUUUUGCUAGUAGCGGCUAAUGUAGCCUCGAGCCACCCACCCUCAAGCAAAGAUGAGGAGUGGACUACAGUGGUCAGCGCUGACAUUCAUCAGACUUCACACAGCUCCCUCUGGAAACAAAAGCCUUUAUACUACUGUUCUCAUACAUGUGGUAGUACUCCCCAACACCUGGAAACACUUUAAUUUGGAAAAUCGAUGGAUGGUCCAGUUUCCUUGUUGGGUGUCAGACCCCCUACACUUUUCCAGUGUUCCGAAACCACCAAUCUGAUUAACACCGUGAAUGUCUUUGUGGAGAGACUGUCCGAAAGUUAGAAAGCAGGCUUGAAUCUGCUGUACAAACACUUUUAUACAACAUAUUAUACAAACUGUUUUGUUUCGAGCAUACGUCGACCUUAGGGUUUUAUAGAAGGGGCCAUACCGUAGGCCGUUCCGCCUUUUGUCUGGAACUCAUUGCGAUUGAACCUGUAAAUCUUUGUUUCUUUAAUUUGUGGGUUUAUUUGGGUUUGGAAAACAGUUUUUUGCUUCAGUAUUUCAAUCUCUGAACCAUUUACAAAAAAACAACAAAAAAAAAAAAUUUACAAAGAAAACCCGCUGUACCUCCUAUCUUUGAGAAUCUUACCUUGCCUUUCUUCUCCGUAGCUCAGAUUAAAGGGGUGAGGGGGGGGUCACUGUACACUGCUGAUGUGCAACCACCAUGCAGUUUCAAACCUCGGUCCACUGGUCAACAUAGAUGAAGGUUGAGAAUGGGAGCAGCAAUGUAGCUGAGCGGUUUAGUGACUCAAACCCAUACAGUGAGAUGUUGUUUGUUGGAUCGGGUCAAAUAUGCAGCCUUUUGAUGCUACAUGUUUUGUUUUUGUUUGUUUUUUUUAGCCAAGAAAGGUACAAAACAAGCAUUUUAUUUUUUUUUUUUCUUUUCUGCUCCGUGUGCAUUGAUGGAGGGGCCAAAACGGGGGAGGUAACAUAAUAAACUAUGCCAGCAGCUCUACGGCUUCAAACCACGCACUGAGAAAUUCCCACAGCUGUGAAUGUAUCAGCCCUCUCAGAGUCGACAACCAAUCCGAGCACAACCUGCAUAACUCAGCCCAAAGGUCGUGACAGCAUGCAAAUAUCCGCCGCACGGGUCUGUUUCUAUAUCUUUGUCUCUUUCUCUUGUUAUGCAAAGUCCGGGCCAAUCAUGUCUGCCCACUCAGUCCCACUGGAUCACACAGGUUGAAUGACCUAUCUAUGCUAGCAUAACCCACACACUGUGAUGAGGUCCGUGUUAGGGUCAAAGGAUUAAAUCAUACUCCCUUCAUGGUUGCCCUCUGUUGUAUAAUUGUCUCGGGCUGAAGCAACUGCAGUGGUCAAAAGCCAGGGGAGGCGCUAAAAAGGUUGACGUGAAGAGUGGUUUGGGUCACUAAAGGGCUCGGCCUUUGCUCGGCUACAAACAGUUUUCCUCUCCGGUGCGAUGCUGCAGUGAGGCCUUUGUGGCAUCAAGGGUAGCAGAAAGCUUUAUCAUGUUUUAUUUGGUGCCUAAGUUUGACAAGACUUCUUUUACUUUUCACCUCGAAUGACAAGACUGCAUGUGAUUGUGUGUCUGCAUCGAUGUCUGCAUUACCUGCUUUAUAGGUGUCAUCCAAAAGCUGAGAAGAUCUUAAAAAAAAAAAAAAAAGAAUAAUUAACAUAUUAAAAUGGUCACUUAAUCAAAAAGAAAAUACCUCCUUUUAAAGACCAAUGUGUUUUACCUCACUGUAUAUACGUAUAUUCUUGAUUUGUUUACUCCAAUUGCAAUUUAUCUUUCUCUUUUGUUUCUAUGAAAUGCUUAAAAAAAAAAAAGUUGAGAAGAAAAUAAUUUGUUUUUUUCUUUUCUUUUCAUUGGUACUUUUUUUUUGUCAAAUGGCAUUGUAUUGUGUUUGUGUUGUGCCCAAGCAGUAUACUAUUCCUCUUCUACCAUGCUCUGUAUAUGACCUGUUGGUUGUGUUCUGCGUGAGCUAUACAGUCAAAGCGCUUUACAAGUGUCCAAGCCCCCUUCUGAGCUCUGGUACAAAUGCCUUGUUCAAUAUAUUCUUUUGUUUAACGAGAAAAAAAAAGAAAAAAAAAAAGAAAGAAAGAAA